AUUAAUCCUGGCUAAUCCGCCUUACUAGUAUCUGGUGUAGGCCAAGAUACAUGUCCGAAAUCCCCUUGAACACAUUCGGACGAUCCAGGAAGUCCCGAAGGGCAGGCUACACUCCUCUGCACAGCGGCGAGCCCGAAGACGACGAGAUGCGUGCUGGCGUGCGCGCGGCGGCCUCGUCCGCAUCUGUGAAUAGGAAAGGGAAGCGGAGAGAGAGGGAGCGAUAUGCGGACGACCCAGAGGAGGAGACUACACUGCUCGGAGACGCGUCGCAUGAGGAUGAGGAGGGGGCUUUCCGGGACGAUGAACAUGAAGAACCGAGACGAGCAUCGUCAUCACAGCGGAGUAUACUCUCGCGGAAGAGCAAGUCAAGCGACAAGUCGAGAACAGUGCCGUUCCGCCCGCCAGAGAAGCUACAGAGCAAGUUCCCGCCAAACAUGAUACGCAAUCAGAAGUACAACAUAUUCACGUUCCUUCCGCUCGUGUUCUACGAGCAGUUCAAAUUCUUCUUCAACCUUUACUUUCUUCUGGUUGCGUUGUCGCAAUUCAUUCCCGCACUCAAGAUUGGGUUCAUCAUGACAUAUGUCGCACCGUUGGCAUUUGUACUCAUGGUCACGAUCGGGAAGGAGGCAUACGACGACUACAAGCGGAAUCUCCGGGACCGCGAAGCCAACUCGCAGAAGUAUCUCGUUCUCGACCCCACGGAAUACUCAGCGUCAACCCCAGAAGGCAUCCCACAUACGCGCUCUGUACCAUCAUCUGCGCUCCGCGUUGGAGACCUUGUGCUCUUGGAGAAGAACCAACGACUGCCUGCAGACCUGGUCCUGCUCCGGACUUCCGAUAGCUCUGGGACUUGCUUCAUUCGAACGGACCAACUGGAUGGCGAGACGGACUGGAAACUCCGCGUAGCUGUACCUGCCUGCCAGAAGCUGAGUAAUGACCGGGAGUUGCUCGUCCUCGACGCCGAAAUCUACGCGGACGCGCCUAUCAAGGAUAUCCACACCUUCAUCGGUACCUUCACAAUCAACUCACCUCCACCUUUACUUGAAGACGACGUUCCUAUGGUGCCUGUACCCACCGUGGAGCCUUUAACUGCGGAGAAUAUGCUUUGGGCCAAUACUGUCUUGGCUGCUGGUUCUGCUGUUGGCUUCGUAGUCUACACCGGCUCAGAGACUCGUGCUGUUAUGAACACUAGCCAUCCGGAAACAAAGGUCGGUCUCCUGGAUCUCGAGAUCAACCGGCUCGCAAAGAUUCUCUGCGCCGUGACCUUUGCUCUGUCGUUCGUCCUGGUGGCGCUGAACGGCUUCCGGGGCCUCUGGUAUAUCUACGUCUUCCGCUUCUUGAUUCUCUUCUCCUCUAUUAUACCCAUCAGUCUGCGCGUCAAUUUGGAUAUGGGCAAGACGGUAUAUGCGCACCAAAUCAUGACUGACACCGAGAUACCCGACACGAUCGUCCGAACCAGCACUCUUCCGGAGGAGCUCGGGCGCAUAGAAUACCUACUCAGUGAUAAGACCGGGACACUGACACAGAAUGAAAUGGAGAUGAAGAAACUUCACAUGGGUACUGUGUCCUAUGGAUUCGAAUCGAUGGACGAAGUCGCGCAUCAGCUCGCCGUAGCCUUUGGCUCGAGCUCUGAGCAUGCGCAUGGACGUCAGAACUCAUUGCAAACGGGUGUACAACUUGCAACGAGAGGGCGGCGCGACAUGUCGUCUCGCGUGCACGAUGUCGUGCUCAGCCUGGCUCUAUGCCACAAUGUCACACCGGUCUACAACGACGACGGAACAGUAACCUACCAGGCCUCCUCGCCCGAUGAGGUCGCCAUCGUAAAGUGGACGGAAUCCGUCGGGCUCAGACUUACCUUCCGCGACCGGACUCGCAUCGAGCUCCAGACUCCCUCCGGCGCACGGAUCAACUUUGAAGUCCUCGACAUCUUCCCCUUCACCUCCGAAUCCAAGCGCAUGGGCAUCGUCGUACGCGACUCGCAGACGGGCGAGGUCUUGUUCCUGCAGAAGGGCGCGGACGUCGUGAUGGCGAAGAUAGUCCAGCGGAACGAUUGGCUCGAGGAGGAAUGCGCGAACAUGGCCCGUGAGGGUCUGCGCACGCUCGUCAUGGCGCGGCGGCGUCUCAGUGAUCAGGCAUACGCACACUUCAAGGAGCAACAUCACCUCGCGAGUAUCAAACUCGAAGGCCGGAAUGAAGCUAUGACGUCUGUCGUGGAAGACUUGCUGGAGCGCGACCUUGAACUUUUGGGGCUCACUGGCGUGGAGGACAAGCUUCAAGACGACGUAAAGUCUACUCUUGAGCUCCUGAGGAACGCGGGGAUCAAGAUUUGGAUGCUCACAGGCGACAAGAUCGAGACCGCGACGUGCAUUGCGAUCUCGACGAAGCUUGUUGCGAGGAAUCAGUAUAUUCACCAAGUUGCCAAGCUCAAGACCUCUGACCAAGCACGCGACCAACUGGAGUUCUUGCAGAACAAACUUGACUGCUGUCUUGUCAUUGAUGGAGAGUCCCUACAGCUUUGCUUGAACCAGUUCAAGAACGAGUUCAUCGAGAUUGCAACGAAACUUUCUGCAGUUGUGGCGUGUCGGUGUUCUCCCACACAGAAGGCAGAUGUCGCACGUCUCAUCCGCAAGCACACAAGGAAACGGGUAUGCUGCAUCGGAGAUGGAGGUAACGACGUCAGUAUGAUCCAAGCGGCAGACGUUGGUGUCGGUAUUGUUGGAAAGGAAGGAAAGCAGGCGUCCUUAGCUGCCGACUUCUCUGUGACGCAGUUCAGCUUCUUGACGAAGUUACUACUGUGGCAUGGACGCAACUCCUACCGACGCUCGGCGAAGUUGGCCCAGUUCGUCAUCCACCGUGGCCUCAUCAUCUCCGUGAUGCAGGCUGUGUUCUCGUCCAUCUUCUACUUCGCUCCUAUCGCGCUGUACCAGGGUUGGCUCAUGGCCGGGUACGCGACCGCAUACACCAUGGCGCCCGUGUUCUCGCUAGUCCUCGAUCGGGACGUCAACGAAGACCUUGCGCUGCUGUAUCCAGAGCUAUACAAGGAACUAACCAAGGGCCGCGUUCUCUCGUAUAAGACCUUCUUCAUGUGGUUGAUGAUUAGUGUCUACCAAGGCGCUGCGAUUAUGAUCAUGUCACUCGUGCUCUUCGAGACCGAGUUCUUGAACAUUGUCGCAAUAUCCUUCACGGCGCUCAUAUUGAACGAGCUCAUCAUGGUGGCGUUAGAGAUCACGACUUGGCAUGUCUACAUGGUGUUGUCGGAAAUUGUGACUCUCUUCAUCUACGCGGUCAGUAUGACGUUCUUGCCAGAGUACUUCGAUCUGUCGUUCGUCGUGUCGACCCGUUUCGCCUGGAAGGUCGCGGUCAUCGUGGCCAUCAGCGCUAUUCCACUGUACAUUAUCAAGCUCAUUCGUAGUAGAGUGGCACCUGCCGCGUCCAGCAAGUUGUUGUAGCGUACUCACGCGGCACACCCGCAUUGGAUAUUUCAAUUAUUGCAUUGGUACUUG